GAUGAGCUCCUGUGCCAGAUCAAUGCUUCCAUCUCAGUGGCUGUUCCUGGCAUAUGUGUUAAUAGUGUGCUGCAAAUUGUUGUCCGCAACUAGCCAUCCUCCUCGGGGACCCCCAGGCCUCAACCAAGUUAAGCAAGGGACCUGCGAGGUGGUUGCCGUGCAUCGGUGUUGCAACAAGAACAGGAUUGAAGAGCGGUCACAGACCGUCAAGUGCUCUUGCCUCCCUGGUCAGGUUGCAGGCACAACACACGCGCAGCCGUCUUGCGUCGAAGCUGCCAUUGUCAUCCAGAAGUGGUGGUGUCAUAUGAGCCCUUGUCUGGAAGGAGAGGAAUGUAAAGUGCUUCCAGAUUACUCAGGUUGGUCAUGCAGCAGUGGAAACAAAAUUAAAACAACCAAGGUAACACGGUAGCACAAAGUAAACAUGUGUCAAAGUUGGAAUAAUGGGAUUUACAACCAAAUUUCCCGACUGCUGCACAGAGACAUUUACUUGGCAAGGAAAGUGUCAAGUUUGGACCGUCAACUUUUCAAUUUAGCUGGCAAGAACUAGAGCGGCCUUCUUUUUAAUGAUGAUUCAAAACACAACUUUCUUACAAAGAACUGUAAGACAGGAACUGUAAGUCUAACCCUUUCAUGUUCAGGAUGAACAACUGUAAAAGAGAAGCCAAAAUACCUACUGGAGUGUAUCAUCUAGGAUUUGAUGACAUUUAAAUACUGAAACUGCGUUCAUAUAACUUGUGGGAAUCAUUAGAGUAAGAACCAGAAAUAAUUCAGGUGGACAUGAUAGGAAAGACAAUUGAAUUAAUGUUUAAAUAUUCACAUCAAUAUAUUUUUACGUAGGAUUUAAUAAGAACUAAAUGAACUCAUGAAGUAAAUCAUUAUGCUCAGUAAAUUGUAGCUUCUGCCAAUCUUUAUAUUCUGUUAACAGUCUGUACAUCUCUGUUCCUUUCCAUUUGUAGAGUGUUAAAGAGUGUAGCGAGGAUACUUGUUCUACAAGUAGAUAGAGUUUACAGCAUCAGACACGUCCCCCCAUUUAUAAAAUAGCAUUACAAGUGCUAUUCUGUUUCAAUGCAUAAAGAAACUGAAAGAAAAUGCAAGCGCUGAUUAGAUAUUUCCACCCAACUUGAGGGAUAUUGAGGUCUCAGUUCACACUUUCCAAGUUCCACAUACAUGUGGAAAUUAACAAGCUAUA